AUGAUGAAGGAUAUGGAAUCCUCAAGCCUGGAAGAUUUGUGCCUCCACAUCAAUAUGAAGAUUUCAAAUAUUAAAAAGUGUCUCCUAUUGAGAGACAUAGGUAAGGAUGAUUCCCGCAAGCCUGUGCUCAAUAAAAUACAGAAUGAGGUGAUCCUUGUACAUGAUCUCCUGAAUAAAAUGGAAAAUGAAGUUAAACAGCAAGAAAAACUGAAAGAUUCGCUCAAAGAGAUGCAGAAGGCUGCUGAGAGAGAUCAGGAGGAAGCACAGCACCUCCUUGAACACAUUCCACGCUAUCUGCCUGAGCCCCAGAGCCGCUUUUAUGUCGUGCCAACUGUGAAACACAAAGGACAAACAAAGGCUGUAGAACCCAACACUGAGAAGAAACCUGCAAAAGAGAAAAAAGUCAUUAAAGAAGCAGCAUUAAUAACCACAGAGGAGUUUGAAAGUGUUCCUGCGUAUUUGAAAGGCCGUAUAACAUACGAUCAGAUUAAUGCGGUUGUUCAAGAGAUUAACAAGGCCGUGGUGGGCAAGUACAAGAUCUUGUAUCAGCCUUUGAAGUCUAUGAGUGCACCAGUCAGAAACCUCUACCACAGGUUCAUAGAAGAAGAAACUAAGGAUACAAAAGGAGCAUUUUUUAUUGUGGCGGAUGAUAUCAAGGCGUUCACUCAGCUGAAAUUGGACAAGAGGUUCCACAGCAUCCUCAGCAUCCUGAGGCACUGCCAGAGAGUGAGAGAGAUUCGUGGCUCGGGGCUCAUCCGCUACGUCAUCUGCUAACAGCUCCCCGUGCCUGACCUGACACCCUGCCCUGCUCUCCAGGCAGCAGCAGGACAGACAGGCAGGGGUUUCCAGGCAUCUGCCAUAAAUUAGGAGUGGCGUUCAAGUAUUUGAGCUUUGCUUUGCGAAGUUAGGGGGAACUACAAACCCGAACCAGAAAGUC